CAACGUGUUUAUCUAAAUAAAACUAAAAAUAUUAGUUUUUAUAAUUAACUUUAAUAUACUAUCUAAUUUUUAAAAUGAAUAUUGUAGGUUCUAUUUUUAAGAAACCAAAACUUGUGCAGGUGAUUACUACAGCUGAAAAAGUGGUAAAAGUCAAAUUGAGCAACGGACAUGAAAUGCCAGGAAUAGCCCUUGGCACUUAUCUUGGAUUUGAUAAGAAUGGUGUAAUUAAGUCAGAGAACAAACAACUUCGUGAUGCCGUUUUGAACGCCAUUGACCUGGGCUACCGUCAUUUCGAUACUGCCGCCAUAUAUGAUACAGAACAGGAAAUAGGGGAAGCUAUUAAAAUGAAGAUCGAUAGUGGAGAUGUGAGGAGAAGUGAAAUAUUUAUCACGACUAAGUUGUGGAAUACGCACCACAAAAGAGAUGAAGUGUUAACAGCUCUCAAAGAAUCUCUCGCGAACCUGGGAACUGACUACGUUGACCUCUACUUGAUGCACUGGCCUAUUGGUUUGAAUAAGGAUUACACUUAUUCUGACGUGGACUUCAUGGAAACAUGGCGUGGUAUGGAAGAUGCAUCGAAGCUAGGUUUGGCAAAAUCUAUCGGUGUUUCAAAUUUUAAUGAAGAGCAGCUCAAAAGAUUGUUAAAGGAGGCAACUGUGAAGCCAGUGGCUCUACAGAUAGAGAUCCAUCCUCAGAUAAUCCAGACAAAUUUUGUACAAUUUGCCCAAGAUAAUGGUAUAGUUGUCAUGGCUUACAGCCCAUUGGGAUCACUUGUCCCUAGAUUUGGAAUGCAGUUGCCUGGACCGAAAAUGGAUGAUCCAGUACUGACGGAAAUUGCUAAUAAUUAUAAGAAGACCACUCCUCAAGUUGUAUUGAGGUGCUUGGUUGAUAGAAAAAUUGUUCCAGUGGUUAAAAGUGUAAACGCGAAGCGCCAGUCGGACAACAUCCACAUAUUUGACUUUUCCCUCUCUAAGGAAGAGAUGGACAAAAUUUAUGCAUUCGAUAGUCACACUAGAUUUACUCUGCCCUCGUUUUGGCAGGAUCAUCCGUAUUAUCCAUUCGAAAAAAUAGACCAACCCAUAGCUGAUCCAUUUAUUAAACCAACUUCUGUGUAAUAAUUAAUGUUUGAGUAACAUAUAGAUUUUUACAACUACAUUCUAUAUUUGCAUACAUAGAUGAAUCGAUUAUUUGGAAGCAUGGUUUUGAAAUUAUAGUCUAUUUAGCGGAAUUUUAAGAUUGUCACAAUAGUAUUAGAACAUUUUUACGCUCUAACGAGAAAGUAGUACAUU